GGUCAGUCUUUCCGUAGAGUUGUAUGUACAGAACAUCCUGGAGUCCACCAUGAAUGGACAGUUGGACCUAAGUGGGAAGCUAAUCAUCAAAGCUCAACUUGGGGAGGAUAUUCGACGAAUUCCAAUUCAUAAUGAAGAUGUUACUUACGAUGAAUUAGUGCUAAUGAUGCAGCGAGUUUUCAGAGGAAAACUCCUGAGUAAUGAUGAAGUUACAGUAAAGUAUAAAGAUGAGGAUGGAGAUCUUAUAACAAUUUUUGAUAGUUCUGACCUUUCUUUUGCAAUUCAGUGUAGUAGAAUACUGAAACUGACAUUAUUUGUUAAUGGCCAACCAAGACCCCUUGAAUCGAGUCAAGUGAAAUAUCUCCGUCGAGAGCUAAUAGAACUGCGAAAUAAAGUGAAUCGCUUGUUGAAUAGUUUGGAACCACCUGGAGAACCAGGACCUUCCACCAGUAUUCCUGAAAAUGAUACUGUGGAUGGUAGGGAUGAAAAGCCUGCUGCUUCUGAUUCUUCUGGAAAACAGUCUACUCAGGUUAUGGCAGCAAGUAUGUCAGCUUUUGAUCCUUUAAAAAACCAAGAUGAAAUCAAUAAAAAUGUCAUGUCAGCGUUUGGCUUAACAGAUGAUCAGGUUUCAGGGCCACCCAGUGCUCCUGCAGAAGACCGUUCAGGAACUCCCGACAGCAUUGCUUCCUCCUCCUCUGCAGCUCAUCCGCCAGGAGUUCAGCCACAGCCGCCCCCGUAUACAGGAGCUCAGACACAAGCAGAUCAGAGUGAAGGUCAGAUGUACCAGCAGUACCCGCAGCAGGCCGGCUAUGGUGCUCAGCAGCCACCCCAGCCACCCCAGCCACCCCAGCCGCCCCAGCAGUACGGUAUCCAGUAUUCAGCAGGCUAUAGUCAGCAGACUGGACCCCAACAACCUCAGCAGUUCCAGGGAUAUGGCCAGCAACCAGCUUCCCAGGCACCAGCUCCUGCCUUUGCUGGCCAGCCUCAACAGCUGCCUGCUCAACCACCACAGCAGUACCAGGCGAGCAGUUACCCUCCACAAACUUACACUACCCAAACUUCUCAGCCUACCAGUUAUACUGUGGCCCCUGCCUCACAACCUGGAAUGACUCCAAGCCAACCCGGGGCCUAUCAACCGAGACCAGGUUUUACUCCACCUCCUGGAAGUACUAUGACUCCACCUCCAAGUGGGCCUAACCCUUAUGCACGCACCUGCCCUCCCUUUGGUCAGGGCUAUACCCAGCCUGGACCUGGUUAUUGAUAAAGAGGCUCAGCUACACUGAUGAAUGUAGCUGAUAGCGGUUUGCCUCCCAAAAGACUCCAGUACUACUAUUUUAAUUUGUAUUGAAGUUCAGAAAUUUAAAAAGCAGAGCAUUUUUUAUGGUAUCAUUG